AUGCAUUCGUCGCCGAGCACGCUUCCAUUUUACAGCCCAUUGUCGAUAAAGGAGCCGUCGAGUAAUUUGCAAAUCAAACCGUUUACUCGGGUCUCGCAUGGAACAGCUGGUCGUCCUAUCAGUUUGUCGUCGAAUCAUUUCCGAAUUAUUGUUGGAAAACGCAAAAUCUAUGAGUACCGCAUCAAAAUCUCGCCGGAUUUGUUUUCGAAAAAGCUUAAUAGAAGAGUCGUGCGAUUACUCGAAGGAAAAUUGGCUUCGGUUGAACCGUGGCAUUUAGUUUUUGAUGGAAUCGAUACGAUUUAUGCGGCGCAGAGAAUCUGUGAAGAAGUCGUGAAUAAUAUUAAAAUUGCGACGGAUGGUCUUAUAUCGACUAGAGAUGCAAUAACACACUUUGAUUUAAAAUUGCAAUUUAUUGAUGAGUUUAUGCUUGAAAGUAAUUUGGAUGCAAUCAGUGAUCCCGAGCAGAAGGAACGUAUGAUUCAUGCUCUUGAUACAAUCCUCCGACAAUUCUCUUGUGACGAAUUCAACGUUGUUCUGCAGUCGUUCUUCUCAACUUCUUGCCAAAGUUCCGCUUUAAGUCAGCGAAGUCACAGUCUUGGUUGGGCGGCUGUUAAUUUGGGUUUGGGUCGUGAAGUGUGCUACGGAUUCUAUCAGAGUGUCGUUGAAUCAUUUGAUAUAUUGUCGCUGAAUCUUGACGUGGCAACGACCACUUUCUAUCGUCCUGUUCAUGUUUUGGAAUUCUUGGCGGAUGCACUCGAUGUUCCAUUAGCUACUAUUCAAGAUGGACGUCCACUCAGUGAAAUGCAGCGAAAAAAGUUCUCGAAAGAAAUUGUCGGGCUCAAAAUAGAAACUCAUCACUGCUCCAGCUCGCGUCGUUAUCGUGUGAUACGAUGCACAUGGAAACCUGCUGCCAAUAUUUUGCUAAAAUUGAAUGGAGAGGAGAAUAAACAAAUUUCGGUUAAGGAAUACUAUAAAUCUAGAUAUGGUAUUCAGCUGCAGCAUCUUCAUUUGCCUUGUUUGGAGUUGGGCAAAACCAAAGAAUGCAUUAUCCCGUUGGAACUGUGCUAUAUUGUACCUGGCCAGAGAUGCAUUAAGAAGCUCAAUGAGCAUCAGAUUGCGAAUUUGAUCAAAGCGACGAGUCGAAAUGCGCAGGAGAGAAUGGAUGCGGUGAUGCGAAUUCGAGAAGGAGUUGGCAUAUCGGAUGAUGUUUAUUCAACGAAUUAUGGAAUUCACGCCGAACGAAGCAUGAUGAAAAUCGAAGGCCGUGUGUUACCGGCGCCAAAAAUAGUAUAUUGCUCACCGAAUGUUGAUGGGCAGGAAUGUGUGACAGUGCCCAAUAAUGGCACGUGGGAUAUGCGAGGAAAACACUUUUACAAUGGAAUCGAAAUCGAGAUUUGGGCUGUAGUGUGUUUCGCUUCGUCGACUACAGUCACCCAACAGAAUCUGCGUUCGUUUGUGCAGGGCCUAGGUAAAGUGGCCCGCGAAAUAGGAAUGCCAUUUGUGAACAACGCGGUUUUCUGCAAGUACGCGACUGCAGAUCAAGCAACGAAAAUUUUGGAUUUUCUUCAAAAUGAUUAUCCCGACAUGCAGCUUGUGAUCUGUGUUCUCCCCGGAAAGACUAAUAUCUAUGGUGAAGUGAAGCGUCGUGCUGAUAUGAUCGGACUAACAACUCAAUGUGUUCGCUCGCAUAAUGUUCUUAAAAUAAGCCCGCACACGCUUUCAAAUUUGUGCAUGAAAAUUAACUCGAAAUUGGGAGGAAUCAAUCUUGUUCUCGCUCCGCCAACCUUCUCGAGAAAUGACGAACCUGUUCUAUAUGUUGGUUGUCAUAUUUAUCGCAAUGCGACGUCUUCGGAUAAUCAAAACUGCUCGGAAAACUCGAUAGUUUGUAUGCUUGGUUCUUGCGACGGCCAUCCUACUCGAUUCGUUCCAACUUUCCGAAUGCAACCGAAGAACACUUCGAUUGUACUUGAAAUGGAGUCUAUGAUGAAAACGAUUAUUUUGAACUUUCACAAAUCGACUGGAUUCAAACCGCAUCGAAUUAUUAUUUAUCGAUCGGGUGUUUGCAAAUUGAAUAUGAACGAAAUUCUUCAAUUUGAAUUGCGUGCUAUUCGAAACGCGUGUUUGUCGAUCGAAGUUGGUUUUGAGCCUGGAAUCACAAUUAUUGGAUUGGAUAAUUCGCAUCAUACGAGACUUUUUGCCAACGAUGAAAUGAACCGCAUGGGUAACAGUAUGAAUGUUCCUGCUGGGACCAUUGUUGAAAGUGGCAUCACAGUCAAUAACUUAUUUGAAUUUUUCUUGGUUUCGCACGCUGGAAUACAAGGAACCUCGUGUCCGACGAGAUAUCAGAUUUUGUGGGAUGACAAUAAAAUGAGCGCCGAUCAGAUUCAAGAGAUGACAUAUCAGUUAUGUCACGCUCAGUCGAGGUGUACACGAAGUGUUUCGAUCCCUUCGCCGGUUUAUUAUGCGCGGUCGGCGGCGCAAAGAGCGAAAAUUUGGAUGAGCGAUGACAAGUUUGACUAUACCGUUUAUGAGAAAAUCGCCGAACAGUGCAAUGGAAUGCUGUUCACUUGA